CCCGAGCCGCCACCAUGGCCGCCUAUAAGCUGGUGCUGAUCAGGCACGGCGAGAGCGCUUGGAACCUGGAGAACCGCUUCAGCGGCGGGUACGACGCCGACUUGAGCCCUGCCGGGCACGAGGAGGCAAAGCGCGGCGGGCAGGCGCUGCGAGAUGCUGGCUAUGAGUUUGACAUCUGCUUCACCUCCGUGCAGAAGAGAGCAAUUCGGACUCUCUGGACAGUGAUGGAUGCCAUUGACCAAAUGUGGCUCCCUGUAGUGAGGACUUGGCGCCUCAAUGAGCGGCACUAUGGGGGUCUGACUGGCCUUAAUAAAGCAGAAACUGCUGCCAAGCAUGGUGAGGCCCAAGUAAAGAUCUGGAGGCGCUCCUAUGAUGUCCCGCCACCUCCGAUGGAACCCGACCAUCCCUUCUACAGCAACAUCAGUAAGGAUCGCAGAUAUGCAGACCUCACUGAAGAUCAGCUACCCUCCUGUGAGAGUCUGAAGGACACAAUUGCCAGAGCUCUGCCCUUUUGGAAUGAAGAAAUAGUUCCCCAGAUCAAGGAGGGGAAACGGGUCCUGAUUGCAGCCCACGGCAACAGCCUUCGGGGCAUUGUCAAGCAUCUGGAGGGUCUUUCUGAAGAGGCUAUCAUGGAGCUGAACCUGCCAACAGGUAUUCCCAUGGUCUAUGAAUUGGACAAGAACUUGAAGCCCAUCAAGCCCAUGCAGUUCCUGGGGGAUGAAGAGACUGUGCGUAAAGCCAUGGAAGCUGUGGCUGCCCAGGGCAAGGCCAAAAAGUGAAGGCGAGCAGGCAGACUACUUUUCCAAGGACACCCUCCCUACCCAUCCCGUUCCUCCACAUUUCUUCCCUGCACAUGUCACACUGACCACAUCUGUAGGCAUCUUAAGUUUUAGCUGCAGAUGGGGACCAGUGGCUCCUAAUUUUGUUUAGCCAUUUGUCUCUUGCACCCACUCUCUUCAUGUAGUCUAGUCAGAAUGGCACUUCUGGGGCAUGAGUCUUCAGUCCCAAGCUGAGGGAAGACUUUUACCCAAAAGUAGAGAGUUAGUAACUCUGGUGUUUUUGCUACUGUUUAUUGAGUUGGGGAUAGGAAGGAACCAUGCUAAGAUGUGACCAAUGAGAAGUAAGAGAGCCUAUUUGUGUUCCCAGGAGCCAGUCCUGUACUAUUCUGUAGUCAGGUGACUGUCUGGGGGGGCUCCAGUCAUUCCAAUGAAAGAAUCAUUUCCCCUCUGACCCCAGAAGAGUUGGCUCCAGAAGACUGGGAUCAAUUUAAAUGUUUUGUGUUGCAUCUACUUUUACAAAAAGAAAAAAAAAAGUAUAUAUAUAUACACACACACACAUAUAUAAAAUAAUACAAACCAAAAACC